GCGGAGGCUAUGAGAGCGUCACGUUUUAUACGAACGUCUGAAUGUGUGUGAGAUCUGGAAGUUUCGUAAUUGACUGCAAAAAGACUGCAAUUAUUUUUGAAGCGUUUGCUGUGAACUCAACCAACGAUUACUGAAUUUGUAUUCAUUAUUGUGUUUAUUAUUAGUCAUUGUAUUGAACACUCAAUCCAUUGAUUUGAUUGCCGUUUGUAUCGUAAACCCAUUGGCGACUGAUUAUCCCCGAAAUGGCUGCCACUCGAAGACUACAGAAGGAGCUGCAGGACAUCCGCAAAGCCGGUCUGCGAUCGUUUCGUGACAUCCAAGUGGACGAGCAGAAUAUGCUCACAUGGAUUGGACUCAUUGUUCCGGACAGCAUUCCCUACAAUAAGGGCGCCUUCAGGAUUGAGAUCAACUUUCCCGCUGAGUAUCCGUUCAAACCG